AUGGAAGGAGAAAUCGACAGUUCUCUCCAUAUGGAGCUGUUACAAACAACGGCUUGGAAGACUCAAUACCAACUUCUUCUAUACGAAACGCAACUCGAUGACCUACUGAUCUACCCAGAACUCAUGAUCGCUACAAAAAAAAUGGACGAAGAAGUAUGGACCAAAAUGAUGGCUCAGCCUCUCCUCGAUAUCGAUGAAAUACCGAUCAACACGAAUUCUACGCAAGUAAAACAAGAAAUUCAGACUCAUUUCCAAACCAUAGAUAAAACCUUCAGACAGGGCCAGCAGGCGAUGGAGGUAGAGGAACUGGUGGAGGUGGACGAUGCCUUAGGGGAAGAAGAGGGAACGGACUCGGAUGUAAUGGUCAUUCCACAGGAAGAAGUCAGACCCCGAGAGGUGGAAGUGGUUCAGAAAGAACCAGAUAGACUUCGAAGGCAAGAAAUCGAGGAAGAGUUGAUACAAAGACUCAGAAGAGAAUAUAACAAGCAAUUCAGGCGAGAAGAUCUGAAGAUGAUGAUACGGGAACUAGAGACUCCUCUUCCUGUCAUAAAAGGAAUUUCAACCCUGAAAUGA